AUGAGUAUGGCAGACCCCAGCUUUGGACUGCCCCAUGUGCAUCUGAUUUCGGGCCACAAAUACCCCUUCUCUCCCCAACUCGCCAUCGAUGGCGCAUACACGUACCUCUUUGAUGCUCCCAAGGUCGUCAAGCAGGUUGCUCCCAUGUCAUGGCAGUACAUCUCUGCUCCACAGGACGGCACUGUCUUCUUGACUUGGAUCGGCGGUCGCAUGCAGAACCAGUUCCCUACUGAUGGCUACGUCUGGGUUGAUCCUGAGCAGCGUUACACCCAGGACUUUGGAGGCUACGUUGGUUACCGCCCUGGAGCCGAUAACGUUACCAGCCACUCUCGCAGACGAUACCGCUUCAUGUCCAAGAACCCCAGUGUUCACGCCCUCCCUCCGGAUCCGAGUCUCUGGCUUGUCCACUACAGUCAGGCCGACCCUCAACACUGCUUCCCCACAUCCCAGUUGCCUCUGUCGCACCAGUCGCGCCAACAAUUGGCCGAACGCCAGUGGAUCGAAUCUCAAGGCCGUCUCGAUCGCCAGGACUUCAUGCUGCACGACCGCGAAAAGUGGCCUCAGCUCAACAUGCCUGGCCGUGCUGCUGUACCUGGUGUACCUGCUUAUAACCAGAACAUGUAUCAGCAAAGUCCCAUGGCUCACAUCGGCAACCCUCGCUUUUCCGGCAACUUCUAUCAACAAGCUCAACAAGGACACGCGGGUCCGUCGCCUGCUAAACGCGCGCGACAGCACCCACCUGCCCAUGUCCCGGCGUCGGCCGCUGCUCUGAUGGCUCAGGACACCAGCAUCGAAGAUGAGGAGAACGUCCUCCUUGGAGACUUGCUUGACCACCUCACUCAGCGCGAUAUCAGUCUGACCCGCUACAUGCAACACCACGACUGGAUGGACGAGGUCUACUCGUCACCAUUUGCUACUGGUCAAAUCGUUCCUAUGGACCUCGGUUUUGGCUUGAUGGGCGAGCUCGCCGGCCUUACCGAAGGCUUGUUUGAUACUCCGAACUCUGCACUUGAGAAGACUGAGCCCAAGUCAAAGGAUACGCCAGCUGCAUACAAGAAAGUCACAUCAGAACAACUGCAAGAGUUCGAGAAGCGCGUCCAGGCGCAUAAAGAGAAGGAACAGAAUGAGAUUGCGCGCAUGAAGGAAGAACAUGCCAGGAGAAUGGACAGUCUGCGCAAGAGCAAGAGUCUAGUCAAGGCCGAGAAGAAGCUGAGAAAUGCAUCCUGGAAGCCCUCGGGCUCAGGCAAUGAGUUCUGGAGACUGGAGAAGACAAACGACCAGGACGCCAACCAGAUUGUCGAGCAGGUGGAGGAACUUCUUGGCGGAUCCAUUCAAGCACAAAAGGAGGCCACUUUGAUCAGUGAAGGAGGAUACCGCAAAGAAGAAAAGCGAACGCCACCUGCCGAUGCAGAUAUGGCUGGAACGCAGAUGGAUGGUGCAGGUCUCGACGCUGCCCAAUCUCUGCAAUCUGCUUCUGGUGCUCCUGCCGAGUCCGCUCCACAGACUGAACAGCCGCAACUGCCGACUCAGCAGAUGCCUGCCGUUCCUCAGGUACCUCAACAACCCCCACAAUCCGCCGUCCCUAGUGUGCCAGACACCAACAUGGAGAACAUGGAGUCCAUGGACACUGGCAACUUCUCACUACCAGACGACAUGGAACUCGAUACAGGCCACUUCAACUUCGACACACCCAAAACCGAUGUUCAAACCCCAGGCACAUCAAAUUGGCCUGGUCAACAACCUCCGUCUCAAUCACAACCACAACAAACCGUUAAUCAGCAACCCAAUGCAGCCAACCCAACAAGUGGUGGCGACCUCUACGGUGCCGGUGGGGAUGCAAACUUUGGCGACUUCGACGCAGGAGAUGGUUUGAUCGACUUUGAAGGCGGCGCAGGCGAGGACAUUGACUUUAGUAUGGACAACUCGGCGUUCGGCGAUGCUUUCCACGGCACCGAGACGCAUGAGCAAGACGAAGGAGCAGGCGAGGGACAGUAG